UCCUGAUAGCCCGGCAGAGAGCGGCCAGCCUUCACCUGAAGAAGACCUUGAGGGUUUAUCACUCUUUCUCUCAGCCCGAGCGAGUUGCGUGGAUUGGGCAGUCAAUGUUCUCGCCUCAACCCUUCCUCCACCCCACCCACACCUCCGGUCUAGGGUGUAUUCCAGCGUUUCUGCCGACAAAUUUCGUGUGGGAGAAGUACCUUCCUUCCAUCAACUGUACGUGUUCCACGGCGGCCUCUUCGCAGCUGGCUUCUGCGAGGGUUACUCUAUGCGUCAAGACAUGGUGCGAUGCUUCCAACUAUGGACUGGGGCCUGUUCUUUGUCAGUAUGACAACGGGACCCCUCAUCCAGUGUCCUAUGCCAGUCGUAAACUGCUCGACCGUGAACGGAAGUAUAUGACUUCGAGGAAGGAAGCCCUCGUCAUCGUGUUUGCUUGAGUCAAGAAGGUUGAUUACUACCUCAAAGGGAAGGAGUUCCUGCUGGAGACAGACCACAAGCCCCUCGUGUACCCCUCGUGUAUCUUCAGUCUUCAAGUGCUCCAAUGGCCGAGUAAUGAGGUGGGCUCUAGAACUGCAAAAUUAUCCAUAUCGGGUAGUUCACAUUGCUGGACGCGACAACGUGGGAGCUGAUCUGAGUUGCUGUCCCACGGAGUAAACUUUGUUUCCACUUUAUGCUUUUUUGGGUACUGGGGAUUUCGGAUUUAAUCUACUUGCAGUAGAUUUUUAAAGGGGCAUAUGUAAGGGCUGAAAUACCUAACUACCCUUGGUUUGGGGGUCGGCCACGUUGUUGCCUUCCCCCCCUCCUUGUCGGUACCUCCCUCCUACGGGUCUAGACGAGUCAACGUCUGCCACCACUCCUGAUAGUCCGGCAGAGAUCGGCCAGCCUUCACCUGAAAAAGACCUUGAGCGUCUAUCUUUCCUCUCUCAGCCCAAGCGAGUUGCAUGGAUUGGGCAGCCAACGUUCUCGCCUCAACCCUUCCUUCACCCCACCCUUUUCUUCACCCCACCCACACCCCCGGUCUAGGGUGUAUUCCAGCGCUCCUGCCGACGAACUUCGUGUGGGACAAGUACCUUCCUUUACCUUCCUUCCAUCAACUGUACGUGUUCCACGGCGGCCUCUUCGCAGCUGCCUUCUGCGAGGGUUACUCUACGCGUCAAGACAACAUGGUCCUUGCUGACCAUUGCAAGUCGCCGAGAGUGCGCACUCUGUUGUGGCCCAGAAAUUUGCCCAGCCACCUCACCGCUAUAACCUCUGUUCUGAAGCGACUCCGCUUGCACCAGCUCACUGCUAAACACACAGUGUUGGUUUGGGUUCUCUUCUCCCCAGUACUUGGGGUUCCAUCUUGGAGUAUAACUGUCCCCAGCAAGACAAGUCUAAGGCCCUCGUGCAGAUACGCCCACCGAUCCCAAGAAAAACCUUUGCAGCUUCCUUGGUGCGAUGCUUCCAACUAUGGACUGGGGGGUGUCCUUUGUCAGUAUGACAACGGGACCCCUCAUCCAGUGUCCUAUGCCAGUCGUAAACUGCUCGACCGUGAACGGAAGUAUAUGACUACGGGGAAGGAAGCCCUCGCCGUCGUAUUUGCUUGAGUCAAGAAGUUUGAUUACUACCUCAAAGGGAAGGAGUUCCUGCUGGAGACAGACCACAAGCCCCUCGUGUACCCCUCGUGUAUCUUCAGUCUUCAAGUGCUCCAAUGGCCGAGUAAUGAGGUGGGCUCUAGAACUGCAAAAUUAUCCAUAUCGGGUAGUUCACAUUGCUGGACGCGACAACGUGGGAGCUGAUCUGCUGAGUUGCUGUCCCACGGAGUAAACUUUGUUUCCACUUUAUGCUUUUUUGGGUACUGGGGAUUUCGGAUUUAAUCUACUUGCAGUAGAUUUUUAAAGGGGCAUACGUAAGGGCUGAAAUACCUAACUACCCUUAUGUCUAAACACACACACACACACACACACACACACACUUUUGCAUUAACGGAUAAAGGUAAUUCCCAGUCCCUUUUACACUAUUACAGUUGUUUUUUUUUUUCGAAACGGUAGUUCGAAGCUUGAGUUUGGUUUAGGGGGUCGGCCACGUUGUCGCCUCCGCCCUCCUUGUCGGUACCUCCCUCCUACGGGCCUGUACGAGUCAACGUCUGCCACCACUUGCUAGUCCGGCAGAGAGCGGCCAGCCUUCACCUGAAGAAGACCUUGAGCGUCUAUCACUCCUUCUCUCAGCCUGAGCAAGUUGCAUGGAUUGGGCAGCCAACGUUCUCGCCCUUCCUUCACCCAACCCACACCCCCGGUCUAGGGUGUAUUCCAGCGCUCCUGCCGACGAACUUCGUGUGGGACAAGUACCUUCCUUCCAUCAACUGUACGUGUUCCACGGCGGCCUCUUCGCAGCUGGCUUCUGCGAGGGUUACUCUACGCGUCAAGACAACAUGGUGAGGCCAAGACCUGAGGUCCCGUGUGGUUCCCGGGCGUGGCUGUUCCUGCUACCUUUUGUUUUUGUGUAUUUGUUUUGUCUUAAUAAUUUAUAUUCAACUUCAA